AAUCCAAAUUUAGCAUCCCUAGUCUAAGUGCCUUUUCCAAUGCAGUUCUUGUGAGUACUGCUACUUACACACUCAUUGCAAAAUAUAAAGCAUUCCCUUCCAUACUUUUAGGAGAGGGGAAAAACCUUGCACUGCAAUAGAAGUAUUUUGUAUUUGCAUGUAAAUAAAAAUACUGUAAGAUUUUACUUGUGGCAUCGCAAGCUGAGUUUUCUGAUUCUUGAAAGCAGUAAAAAAUGUUGGUUGAUUUAUUUUGGUCUUGAUUUUAUUUUUCCCAUCAGAGGAAUUAAAGCUUUCAACUGCGCUUAAGAAAAUAAUGAGGAGGGAGCCUCAGCUGUUCAAGUAGUCUUUUUUUAAUUUUAUUUGUUUAUUUUUAUAGGCAUUGCAGUGGAAUGAAGUGAACUUUUACUGAUGGACCAAGGAAAGGACUAUAUUGAAAAUUUUGGGAUCUGACAGUUGUAAAGAUUCUGAAAUCAUAGGAUGAAGCUGACUGGAACCAUGUUAAACAAAGCAUUGCUUUUGGAAUCUCUGAUUGUGUUCAUUAUUGUGCUGUGUGUGCACACAGUAGUUUGGGACCGGUAUUCCUGGUGUGCUAUUGCUCUUGCCAUUCAAGCUUUUUACGUCCAAUUUAAAUGGGAUCGUCUACUCCAACUAGGUGGGGCCGUAUUCCAGUUUCGAACAACAGCUAACAGUGGCCUCCUACCAGCUAGUAUGGUCAUCCCACUCCUAGGGAUUGUGAUGAAGGAGAGAUGCAAGGCUGUCGGCAUUGUGUACUUUGAACGUUUUGGCAUAGUUGUGGCCUCUACGGGUAUGGUGUUAGCCCUUUUCCUAUCUGUAAUAGCAGUUGGCAUCACGAGACCUGUGCCAACUAACACCUGCAUCCUUUCAGGCAUUGCUGGCACUAUAAUACUCUAUAUCAUGAAAUAUUCUUUAACUGUUUCUGAAGUGAUAGAGGUUCUGGAAGUGCUGCUUAUUUUUGUCUACCUCAGUAUGAUCUUGCUCUAUCUCUUACCUCGAUGUUUUACUCCUGGAGAAGCAUUACUAGUUCUUGGGGGUAUAAGUUUCAUCCUCAACCAGCUCAUUAAACGUUCUCUGAAUGUGAUAGAGGGCAGAGGGGAUCCUGUCGAUUUUGUCCUCCUAGUGGCAGUGGCUGGAGUGGUCCUUCUUGGGAUUUUCUUCACUGCUCUCUUCUGUUUCAUGGAUUCAGGCACCUGGACCUCCUCCAUGUUUUUCCACAUGAUGACAGCAGUGCUGGGACUGGGGGUCCUCAUGCCUUGGCUUUAUCAUCUGAUCCGAAGAAAUCCCUUGCUCUGGCUCCUCCAGUUUCUGAUUCAGACACAAACAAGAGUUUACCUCCUUGUGUAUUGGACCUUGUUGGCUGCCUCUGCGUGCAUGGUGGUUCUCUACCAGAAUUCAAAAAGAUCAUCUGAAUCUAAAAAGCACCAAGCUUCAACCAUAACCAGAAAAUACUUCCACUUCAUCGUGGUAGCUACUUAUACCCCUGGGCUAAUUUAUGACCACCAACUUCUCUACAUUGCUGCAGUGCUGUGUUUGGUAGUGUUUAUCCUCUUAGAGUACAUACGAUACUUCAGGAUCAAACCAUUUGGACAAACACUUAGGCAUUUGCUCACUCUCUUUUUGGAUGAACGAGAUAGUGGUCCUCUGAUCUUGACUCACAUUUACCUACUUCUUGGGAUGUCCCUUCCAGUGUGGUUGUUCCCCAGGCCUUGUGCACCCAAGGGUACCCUGGCUGGGGCAGGAGCCUUAGUUCCCUAUGCUGGAGUAUUGGCUGUAGGGGUGGGAGAUACAAUAGCUUCAGUUUUUGGCAGUACAAUAGGGGAAAUCAAAUGGCCCGGGACAAAGAAGACAUUUGAAGGGACAAUGACUGCCAUCUUUGCUCAGAUUAUUGCUGUGGCUCUUCUUCUGAUCUUUGAUGGCAGAGUGAACCUGAAUACCAGCUAUGCUUGGAUUUUGGGAUCCAUCAGCUUAGUUUCCCUUUUGGAAGCCUACACUACCCAAAUAGACAAUUUGCUCCUACCUCUCUACCUCCAGAUACUGCUCAUGGCUUAGACACAUUGCCAGGAACAGAGACUUCCCUUCUAGCUAAUGGUGGUAAUGAGCCAUGCAUCCCUGCUGAGAGCUCAGUAGAGCCAGUUUGGUAUGGAAUGCUAUUUUUGGUACAGCCAAGUAGAAUAGCUCUUCAACUCAUAAUUUAUAAUAAAAGUAAAGGCUUCUGUUUGUUUUUUAUUAUUUAAUAGCUAAAGCAGCAUUAAUCAUUGCAUCCUCUCAGAGGAGUAAUAGGAGAAUAUCUACGUGAUACCGUGAUUCAUAUAGUGGAUAAUGCUGAAUUAGAUAUACAGUCAUAGUGAUGUCAUUUCCAAGUCUCUUCCUAGAUGCACUGAAGUAGAAGAGGUGGGAAGGUGAGUUCACUACAAGGGAACAGAUGGUUUUGUUACCUUAAAAGUUUGAAAUAGACACAGUUCAGUAGUUGUAUGCAGUAUUUGUUAUAGCCAUAGUAAUCCAAAGGUAUUAGAGAGACAAGGUGGAUGAAGUAAUAUCAUUUAUUGAACCAUCUUCUGUUGGUAAGAGAGAAGCUUUCAAGCUAAGCAGAGCUCGUUUUCUUGUAACCUGAAUGGGAUCUCAAGAAGAGCGCUAUGUAGGUCUAAAGCUUGUCUCUGUCUCCCCAACCAAAAGUGGGUCCAGUAAAUAUUACCUCACCAACCUUGUCUCUCUGCUCACCAGCGCAGGCUCCUACAAAGCUUGUGCACUGUACUGGCUUGCCACUAGGUUGAGUCCUACUGGCUUGUAUUCUUGCACAUUUGAAUUCUGCCUCUUUCAAUAAACGCAUGCUGUUGCAGUGAGGGUGUGCACCACCUGCACCAUAGGAUCAGGUUGUAUGAAACAACACUAAUGCUUAUUCUGUUUAAGAUAAUUUCAAAUAGUGUCAAACUUGGUUUAUUGGAGGAGCAUGGAUAGAUGGGCUUGCAGGGUGAAAGCAAUAGCCUUUGUGGUUAAAAUUUUGAUUUAUUUGCCAAUUCUUUGGACUAAACUAAAUUAUAUCUUU